AUGGUUGAGAUUGAGUAUAGAAACCCACAAGUUGAUAGCAAGACAGAAGGAGAUCAUACUAGAAUUAAAGUACCAGCAGAUAAAAGAGGAUUGGUACAGCAAUCUAGCACUAGUGCAGCUCUCUUCAGAACCCUGAUUAAUUUGUUUUUUAGCUUUGUAUAUUGGCUGUUUUGUUGUAGUUAUUUUCUAUGCUAUGCGGACUCAAUGGUUAAGGCAUAUACAGAAGGAUUCCUGCCAUUUUUAAAAUCUAAAAUAUUCUGGUCAUUCCAGCGGGACGUUCUUUUCUCUGUUGUGGGAUAUUGUAUUUUGAUGAUGGUAAUCAAAAUAAUGUUGUUCAGAAAUUAA